ACAAAAUAAAUAACACGUGAAAGUACUCAUAACAGAAAAUAAUCAUUUAUAAACCAUAAUGUGUUGAGAUUGACAAUAUAGAAAUGGCAGAGUGUAAGUUUGCCCAAGAUCAACUGGCAAAGUAUGGUUGGGUUUCAGGAUCUGGUCUUGGUAAAGAUGAACAGGGUAUAAAAUCGCACAUUAAAGUUUCAAUCAAGAACAAUAAAAAAGGGGUUGGUCAUGAUCCAAGUAAAGAAUUUACCAACAAUUGGUGGGAUCAAAUGUUCAAUGAGGCAGCUAAUAGUAUAACUGUCAAUAAUACUGAGACAGGAGUAGAUGUGAAAAAAGUUGAGAAAGAAAAUGAGAAAAAAGUGAAGAAAACUGUUCUGUAUGGAAAUUUUAUCAAGACAUCAACAUUAACUAAUACAGAAGAUGGAUGUAGUGAAGAAAUCAGGCAUGAAGAAGAGUUAUCAGAAGAAGAAGAUAUAAUUAAUUCUAAAAAAUAUACAGUAACAGAUGAAGAAAUGUUUACAAAAUGUGGGGGAAGAACUGCACAUAAGGGAGCAAGACAUGGAUUAAAGUUAAAUGGUAAAUUAAAGAGAAUAGAAGAACAUGAGGCUAUAUUAUUAAAACAAAUGCAAGAUAAACUUAAAUCAGACAAUAAAAGAAAAAGUAAUAACAUCAAGGAGAGUGUAUCCGAUUGUGAUGAAAAUGACUCUAAUAGAUGUACUGAUACUAGUGAAACAUUAGACAAAUGUGCUUCAAAAAAAAAGAAAAAGAAAAAAAAGAACUCUGACAUAAAUGAUGUGAAGAAAAAGAAAAAGAGUAAAAAGAGAAAGCAUGAGAAAGAAAUGUCCAAAGUUUGUCAGAUUGAAGAUAAUUGUGAUCAGGUUGAUGAUGAUUUAUUAUUAUUAUCCAAUCAGAUUGUCGUAUUUCUUAAAAUCCUGAUUUUAUUUAAGUUAAAUUUUGGAGAAUAAGGCCCCUGGAAAGUAGCGACUACCCAAUUAUGAGCGUGUUAUUUUUAGAUAUCUAUGAUUAUGAAAACUGAAUUUUGAUUGGACCAAUUGAACCAAUCAAAUAUUCAUAUUUCCGACCGAAAGAGGCGGUAGAAAAUAAAAGUAGCAAUC